AUGGAUCUGGAUGGGUUUGACGGCGAUAUCCCUCGAAGGAAUCGAGCUUUCCAGCAACAUUCUGACAAAAUACAAGAUGCUUUGGACGCGCUCGACUUCAAUUGGUAUAUCCCCAAGACGAGGGGAGCCCGUUUCAUGGAUUUGCUAGGCGAUUAUGCGGGGAAUGAGCUCUUCGUUAUCGAUGGCGAAUCGUUGUUCCAGACUAUCUUGGAUGAUCCUCUGCUGGCCAUCGGUCGACCGGGUGAUACGAGCUUCCAAAUCCUUCACGCCUAUUACCUUCUGGAGAAACGGCUGCGGGAAUUCACCCAGCGGGUGCUCGCUCAGCGUGAAUUUGUUUUGAGAGUCCUCGACGGCCAAAUGGCUAUGGCAUUGAUGAAGGGAAUCGUCUUUUCCGACUCAAAGCUGUCCGUCGUAGACCGCGCUCGGCCUCCGGUCGUUGUCGACGGAAACAGUGGACAAGUGGUCUCGAACCUGUUUCUAUCGCACCUUUUCUUCCUAUCCUGCGACUUACUUUCAUCUUCUUUCCCCGCAGUCGAGUAUGACUUCGACGGCGUGGCCUUCAUGGCCACUGUUCACUUCAUGCUCGCUUGCUCAUCUGAUAUCCGGGAAGUGAUGGGCGUCCAAGUCUAUGAUAGAGUGGCGGAGAUUUGGCACGAACUUCCCUCCCAACGUCUUGACCUUCAAAAGCUCAAAUCGUCGAUUUCUUUUGCACCAGGGAAGUCAGCCCGCUCUGGCCCCGUUCAACCUCUACAAUUGCUACCUUUCGACAACCCCCUGCUCAACAAAUAUCUACCUCGUCUGUCAUUGAAGGUCGCCGACGAUAGCCCACGACAAUUCCUUGAGUUUGGCAAAGGGACCCUCUUUUCCGACACCCAGCAUUGGCAUUCCCAAAGAUCCCUUUUACCCUCUCACCUCGGAGGGUCCGCUCCGAAGGCCCUCACGGCGUGGGCGUACCGCCGACAGCUCCGGAGUAACCAGAUAUUCAUGUACAACAUGCAGUUGCAGGCAGCGACAAUCACAGGCGCUUCUGGAACCGCUUUACAGCAGCAGGUCAUCCCACCCGUCGGCAAGUCUGGUUCGAAGACCAAGGCCACCACGCGCGAUGUCCGUCUGCCUAUUCCUGUACCUUGUCAGACCUCACUAACAAACUGUCACCAGAAACCGACUACUUUGUCGACGAACAAAUCAUCCAAGAAAUCGCAAAUCUCUUCGAAGCAGGCCUUACUCCAACAAAUUCAAAGGGAGAAGACCGACCAAAUGGUCGAGGCCUCGAGGGUUUGGUGGAAGGAGAAACUCACUUCCUUCAGUAAACUCAGUCUUGCAGCUAAGUCGAGCGAGCUGGCGGCACUUUUCAGGAACAAGCGGUCGGACGAGCCGAUGUUGGGUCUCGAGAUGAGGCUUUAUAAACUCCAUCUCGAGAUUCAACUUUGGUCUCAAGAACCCGAUCCGUCGAAGCCUGAAGUACACGACCGACAUUCCGUCUCCAUUCUUAGAAUAAUCAAGGACAUCUGCCAACGCAAGACACUCACAGCGGCAUGGAAGGACGUUCUCAUUUCGCUCAUGACUGUCAUGGGUUUCCAACAAUACAUCUCUUCCCUACUGGACCCCAUCCCAAUCAUCAAAGACGUCAAGCCCACAUUCAAGUUCGUGAAGAUCGUUAGUUCGAAGACUGGAACGCCAACUUUCGACUUUUUGUCUAUCAAAGAGAACCCCGUCAAAUGGCAGUUGCGUCUAUUUGGAGAGUUUAUGGAUCGCAGCAUGGAUAGCGCUCCCGAUCGGAGAGUGCCAUUCGAGCCUGACGCAUGGCAAAGGAAGGUACUGGAUUGCAUCGAUCAAAAUCAUUCCAUCCUCGUCGUCGCGCCGACCAGCGCUGGGAAGACCUUCAUAUCGUUUUAUGCGAUGGAACAAGUGCUCCGAGCCUCCGAUGAAGGCGUCCUCGUCUACGUGGCUCCUACGAAGGCUCUGGUCACUCAGAUCACAGCUGAAAUUUACGCGCGAUUCAGUAAACAGCUGACCGGAAGAAGUUGCUGGGCAAUUCAUACACGUGACUAUCGAAUUCACGACCCUCAGAAGUGUCAAAUCCUGGUCACUGUUCCGGAAGUUCUGGCAAUUCUGUUGCUGUCGCCGGCCAUGGCUCGGAGCUGGGUGCCUAAGAUCAAGCGUAUUAUCCUCGACGAAAUUCACUCCAUUGGGCAACAGGAGGGUGGCGCUGUCUGGGAGCAAAUCCUUCUCAUGGCGCCUUGCCCCAUCAUCGGACUGUCAGCCACUAUAGGGUCGCCCGAGACGUUCAAUAACUGGCUUGCAUCCGUCCAAAAGGCGCACGGCUUCCACCAUACCUUUAUCCACCAUCCCCAUCGAUAUUCACAUCUCCGUAAAUUCUUCUACGUCAUCGACAAGGAGCCUGAAAAACGAUUUGUAUCGUUGGAUGACUAUCAACCUACCUCGCGCCUCAAGUUCCUCCAUCCUAUUGGAACACUCUCCUUCGGAAAGAACACCAUUCCUGACGACUUGGCCCUCGAGGCGAGGGAUACUCUGACUCUCUACGAAGCACUGUCUUCGAUUGUUCUCGACCUUUCGGACGAUGCUCUCAUCGCUGAGAUCCGCAGCCUUGAUCCUAAAAGGUUCUUCAAGUCUAAAAAUCAUUUCCUGCGCCAAAAGGAUGUUCUCGAAUACGAGGCGAGGUUGAAGGCCGUUCUUACGGAACUGACAAAGGACAUGGACUAUGAUGGCCUGAAUAACCCGCUGUUGACGGUCGUCGAGCGCGUUCAGGACAAAGAUCUCCUGGAGAUCGGCCAAGAAAAACUCAACGCUCACCCCGACCGAGAUGCAUUCAAGAGCAACCUACUUCAUAUGCUUGCCGACCUUCAUGUUCGGGGAGACCUGCCUGCGAUACUGUUCAACUUUGACCGCAGUCAAUGCGAAGUCAUCGCUCAGGAAGUAUGUUCAGGCCUCGAAAAGGCGGAGGAGGAAUGGAAAGCGAAGAGUCCCAGGUGGAAACAGAAGGUUGCUCAGUGGGAGGCGUGGAAGCUUGCUGCAAAGGAACGCGAGAAGGUGACAGAUAAGAUGAACAAGCAGAAGAAGCGGGGUGGCCGAAACGAGGACGACGACCCCUCGUUGGAGCAGGAAGCAAAUAUCUCUUGGGAGCAAUCGUUUGAUCCCAAUGCUCCGUUGCAGCCUUUUUCGUUCGUCAAUACUCGUUCGGGAUACACAGUCGCUGAGCUCGAGGAGGAAAUUCGGAAACAGACGAGGAGAUUUGGAGCCAGCAAGAUGGCCUGGAUUUAUGUAUGUUUGCGGAGAGGUAUUGCGGUUCAUCAUGCUGGUAUGCCCAAAUCGUAUCGAAGCUUGGUCGAGAGCUUGUUCAGACGAGGCUUUAUUCGAGUUGUCGUUGCCACGGGUACAUUGGCGCUAGGCAUCAACGCCCCUGCGAAGACCGCUAUAUUCUGCAACGACUCUCCUUACCUUACGGCCCUCAUGUACCGCCAAUGCGCAGGGCGUGCGGGCCGCCGAGGUUACGACCUGUUGGGCAAUGUCAUUUUCUAUGGAAUCCCGAUGGACCGAGUUCAACGUCUCAUACUCUCGAGACUUCCGUCUUUGGGAGGCGGAUUCCCUGUAACGUCUACCUUGGUCCUUCGGCUCUGCAACCUCCUAGAAGAAUCCAAACAUGCCGAAAAUGUCGUCAAGGCUAUCGAGACGCUCAUGUCGCUCCCUCGUGUCAGCUUCGCCUCGGAUGUUGGACGAGACCAUCUUAUGCACCAUAUCCGGUUCAGCAUCGAAUAUCUUCGGAGGAGUGGUUUGCUGAAUGAAUCUGGGCAGGCGAUGAACUUGUUCGCUAUUGCUGGUCAUCUCUACUACACCGAGCCCAGCAACCUCGCCUUGGUAUCUCUCAUGCGAUCGGGGGUGCUGCACGAAAUUUGCAAUGACAGCGAUAUCGAGAGCGCCAAACGCACCUACAUCUUGGUGAUGUGUCACCUGUUUGGGCGUCGUUACCUUCGCAAGGUCGAGCUCGACAAGGGUGAGCUUGAAUAUCGACGCAAGAGGUACCCGUCCAGCAUUGUGCUCCCGCCCAUGCCAGAGGUCGCACAGCAGAAACUGAAAGCUCACAGCCACGAGAUACUCAAGAUCUUCUCUGGAUACGCGAUGGCGUUUGCGAAGGAGAGGGAGGACGAGUUGGAGGAGUCGCGGAUGCGUCUACCGUUGAGCAGGAUUGAGGUGGUUGGACAGCGCGAGGGCGGAGAGUUGUCCCCUCUCGUUUCCCACCUUCGAUCUUCGUCCAUCCCUGUCACAGCUAGGUCUGCGUUCGUUGCGACCUCCGGACAUGACGAUACGUUCAAGUCGGUGCAGGAGCUGGCGGAUACCGUACGGGAGGGCAUUCAUCUUAAUGCCCACGCCAUUCCUUGCAUUGACCAUAUCGUCGCGAAUAACCUCGACCCCGAACAUCAAUUGAACGCGUACCUUCUCGACUUUUAUACGCAUGGACAGGACGAGACGCUGGUGAAGGCCAACGGCAUUCGACGAGGCGACAUUUGGUAUCUGCUGGAGGACUUUAGGCUGACGCUCUCCACCGUCCGCUCAGCCUUGCAACAGCUCCUCACCAAAGCGUCUAACGAACAGCUGGGCGCGCUAGGUAGCGAAAACGACGAGCUUGAAGACUUGGACAGCGGGUAUGGCGGGUCGACUUUGGACAUUGAGGAUGCCGAGGACGACAAUGAAGGCGGCCUUGAUGAGUUUGAAACUGGCGUCGGGUCGUCGUUGGGUGGGGGAGAUCAAGAUGAUUGGAAUGCGGAUGGAGAGUUUAAGAGACCUAGGAAGGUGACUGAUGCGGAUUGGAGGGUGUAUAAGAUUGUGAGUUUGGCGUAUGCCGAGUUUGAUGCGAAGGCCAAGGCUAUGUGGGCUUGA